CUGUGUUUAUUAUUUGUCAAGAAUCAAGAUGGCACGUCAGCAAGAUGUUGAUAAACUUUUCCAUGUUAAAAAUGCUUUUUAUGUUGGAAAUUACCAACAAGCCAUUAACGAUGCUCAGCAUGUAGUCGGCUCAUCGCCGCUGGUUACACUCGAGCGCGAUGCAUUUCUAUAUCGCUCAUAUAUUGCGCAAGGCAACUACAGAAUUGUAUUACAAGAACUGAAAACAGCCGACCCAUUGCUCCAGCCACUCAAGACACUAGUAGAUUAUCUUUCUCCGGGAGCCAAUAAACCAGCUGUUGUGUCAGACAUUGAUGCCAGAGUUGCAAAAGGCACAGAACUGUCCAAUGACAUAUUCAUAAUUGUAGCAGCAACUAUUUAUUACCAUGAAGAUAACUAUGAAGCCGCACUUAAAAUUCUUCAUGGCGCUGAAUCACUUGAACUUCGUGCCUUUACUCUACAGUGCUUACUUGCAAUGAACCGGCCAGACUUGGCCAGCAAACAACUUAAACUCUUGCAGGAUAUUGAAGAUGAUGCUACAUUAACACAGCUUGCACAAGCUUGGCUUAAUUUAUCACAGGGUGGUCCCGGAGUGCAAGAUGCUCACUACAGCAUAAUGGAGCUUGCGGAGAGACUUGGCGCUCUUGGUGCAGGUCCAGCUGCCGUCGGUGCUGCUGCUGCUGCCUCUAGAGGCAUGUGGGAGGAGGCUGAACAAAUGUUAACAGAAGCUCAAACUCGUACACCACAACAACCUGAGCUACUACUUGGUCUUACUGUCACUGCUGCCCAUAGCUCCAAACCGCCCGAGGUGUCUGCUCGGUACUUGGCGCAGCUGAUAGAUUCCUACCCUGAGCACCCGUUCACACGAGAAUAUACCGCAAAACAAAAUGAACUGAAACGGCUAGCCGCUCAGUACCAACCAACAGUCGCCAGUUAAAUUAAGAAAUGUAAUUGUAUUCAUUAUAGUAAUAAAGUUUAUUGUAUUCCA